AUGUGCGUCGUCGUAGGCUCCAAACCCUCAAGCACCACCUCCCCGGAGCCGUCGACGCCAGAUUCGCCCUCGCUCGGCGACUACAAGCUCGCCAAGAACAAGAGCACGACCAACCUGCUGUCCCAAUCCAACCCGUCCCUCUCCGUGAACACCGUGCGGCCGCGCAUGUCGUUCGACGCAGGUUCCUUGCGUGACUAUGACAGGCUGACGAGGUCGCCCAUCGUUCCCGAACACGAGCAUGGUCUUGGAGCUUCAGGCCUGCGUCGCAUACGGCAGCGCCAACAGUCCGUCAGAACAGGACCCACCCCCACCUCCGCUGGGCCCUCGAGAGCCGGCUCCAUAAACAUCUCCAUCCCUCCCACCCGCCAUCCCUCGACCACUCUGCCCUCCGGUCCGAGCUCCCCGACCUGGCAAUUCUCCGAAGACCUCUCCCGUUUCCCCUCGGAAUCACUCCAUUCCUUCUCCUUUGCCCACCAAUCCGAGGAUUUCAUGCACAACCGGCAAAACGUCCUGAAGCGCUCCAUAGACUUCAUGCGAGACAAGCUGGGAUGGGCUGCUACAAAUCCGGGAAUUGCCAAUGCACAGGCGCGCUUGAGCGGUGAUCAGGAAGUCCAGAGCAUGGUGGACCUUUUAUCUCGGGCAAACUUGAUCGGGCAGGAGGCCCAGCAGGCGCAUGGCCUGGGUGUACCAGGCCCCAUCACAGGUCCGGCCGAUACCUCUGGAGACAACAUAUUCGAGAAGAACUUCGUGCCGCGGACGGAGAGCCCGGAGCCUCUGGACGAGAACGUGGCUGUAACCAGCCCCAAGAGCGACGCCCCCUUCUCGCCGAUUGAAAACAAAACACCCGGGGAAGACUCGCUUUUGUUGGAGAAGCAAGCAAGUGGUGAAGCCAUUGCCAAGGUCGUGUCUCGGGACUCCGGUGUCUCACCGACCUCGUCACCGCCGCAUCGCGUAUCCCGACUGGCUUUGAAGAGGACCUACACCGACACCGGACCCUUAAGCAUCCAAAGCAAACUUCACGACGCCCUUGCCCAACCUUACGUCUCGGCAGAACCUGCGGCACUCGACUCCCACAUUGUUCCCCCCGCUACAGCUUCCACCACCGGCACGCAAUCUGUUACGUCGGUUACGGGGUCACAUGCGGCUUCGGCACCUCACGGACACGGUAGUCGUUGGGCCCCAGCCGCCCAAGCCAUUUUUACCACUGAAGCGCAGUCUCCUUGGACCAUCACUGCAGCGAACGACCUAGCGUGUCUUGUGUUCGGCGUGACACGGCAAGAGGUGCGGAAAAUGGGCAUUCUGGAAGUUGUGCAGCCGGAGAGGAGGAAAUGGUUGGAAGAGAAGCUGAAAGACCCCGAAGUUGGCUCGCGGCAAGCGAACAAUGUCCCGAACCAAAAUCAAAAGCCAAAUCCAGCAGGCACAGUGGGGUUAGCCAAGGGCAAUGGUGUCACGGCAAAACUUUUGAGUAAACCGUCUUCACGGCAGGUUGCCCAAUCGCGACGAUCCAAGACCGAUGAUGGGAGCGGCUCAUCGAUGAUGGCCCGGAAAACCGUCAAAGGCGGCCUGAACCAUCAAGCCAACAAGUCUCGAGGCGUGCUCCUUUGCGGCGACGUGGUGCCCAUCCAGAAGCGGAAUGGUGCAACGGGAGCCGCAAGUCUAUGGGUCAAGGAGAAGCGCGGAGGCUUGAUUUGGGUGCUCGAGGAAAUCGCAGAAGACGUCGUCUUCGUUACCGUGGACGAAAUCGGGUCCGUCGUCAAGGGCCAGGGCAGCAUCGAGGCCAUCUGGGGCACGGAACGGGUGCGGCGAGGGAUGGACCUUGCGCGGCUGAUCCCUGAAAUUCCACGCAUUCCCGGUACGAACACGGGUGCGCUGGAUUUCGACAGGAUCGCCGAGCUGAAGACCUUCACCGCUCGCACCCAAAAUAGCAUUAACAUUCCCAUUACCGUGCACCAGGUGCCGGAGGAGCCGACAUUCCGCGUCUCUAGCUUCCCCCACAUUGCCGGUAUCGUCGUUCUGUCCGCCAGCACCCUUCAGAUCACUAGCUCCAACACCGUCUUUUCCUCAGCCCUCUUCGGUCAAGACAAACCCGACGGGCUGCACAUCACCGAGCUGCUCCCAAGCUUUGACAAGAUCCUCCAUGUCAUGACCGAUGAAGAUCAGAUCAGUCUGGUCGAUGGUAUCGUCAUUCCAGAGCACAGCUUCCGUCGCGCACGAGCUUUGCUCGCCAUUAGAGAGGGCAAAGAGGAUGCAGCUGCCAUCUUCCUGCGGCCCAGUGGCCUUCCAGCUAGGCAUCGUGAUGGCGCAGAAAUAAUGGUCGAUGUGCAAAUGAGAGUCGUUAAAAGCGAUAAGACACCCAAGUUUGAAGACCACGUCAUCGUAGAGGACGAAGAGCGCGUUGUACCACCCUCAUCUGAAGUCGUGUAUGCGCUCUGGGUCACAUACUCGAGACAUUUGCAUGCGGCUACCCACGGCGUCGGGCCCAUCACUCCUUUGAUUUCGAGACCUGCCACGCCGCCCCACCAGCCGUCUCCUGGGCAGAGCGUCAGCAUGCUGCAUCCCGAAGAGGCAGAAUCUACCGAUAGCUCCAAAAGAGACACCCCUCCUGGAACUGGCGUGUCCCUCUUGACGAAGCAGAUCAAGCAAGCGACAGAGCAACCCGUAGCAGAAGUGCCCGUGCCUCCGAAAGCACCUGAAGAAACACAAGAACCAGCCCCACCAUCGAAAAAGAAGACCAUUAAUGAUUUUGUUGUUCUCGAGGACAUGGGCCAAGGUGCUUACGGCCAGGUCAAGCUAUGUCGGUACAAGAACAGCAACAAGAAGAUGGUCAUCAAGUACGUCACCAAACGACGUAUCCUUGUCGACACCUGGACCCGCGACCGUCGAUUGGGUACGGUGCCGCUUGAAAUCCACGUGCUUGAUUAUCUGCGGCGGGACGGCUUAAAGCAUCCCAACAUUGUCGAGAUGGCCGACUUUUUCGAAGACGACGUUAACUACUACAUCGAGAUGGUGCCGCACGGGCUACCGGGUAUGGAUCUGUUUGACUACAUCGAGCUGCGAGUCAACAUGGACGAGAACGAGUGUCGUAAGAUUUUUGUCCAGGUGGCCGAGGCGCUGCAUCACUUGCACACGAAAGCCAAGGUCGUACACCGCGAUAUUAAAGAUGAGAACGUUGUUCUCGACGGCGAGGGUAACAUCAAUCUGAUCGACUUUGGCUCAGCGGCGUACAUAAAGAACGGGCCGUUUGACGUAUUUGUCGGCACGAUCGACUACGCCGCGCCCGAAGUGCUUGCCGGCAAGUCGUACCGUGGCAAGGAGCAGGACGUGUGGGCGCUGGGCAUCCUGCUAUACACGAUCGUGUACAAGGAGAACCCCUUUUACAGCAUCGACGAGAUCAUGGACCACGAUCUGCGCGUGCCGUACAUCAUGAGCGAGGAGAGCAUCGACUUGAUCCGCCUCAUGCUGAACCGUGACGUCGAUGAGCGCAUUAGUAUCGGGCAGGUGCUGGAGCACCCGUGGUGUAAGAUGCAGGGUUAG